AUGGAGCUAAUGAACCUUUGCCUUUCUUUCUUAUCUUUCUAUCCCUGCCUGUAUCCUAUCCUUAGAGCUCCCCUUUGCGUUGAUUAUAGGCCUUUUCUUUGCCCUUUGGGAGAGAAGAAAUUUCUCUGUUCGAAAUCAAGCUACAGGCCAUCAAAGAUGGCGGUAGAACAGCUAGCAAGAGGUGCCCAGCCCCGAUGCCAAUGCCCUUUCUGUUCUCGAGUCUUUGCAAUCUUCUGCCAUUCCUCGACUUUGAAAUGGUUAGACCACUGUCUUCGAGUCCGGUUGAGAAAUAGCGGAUUUGAGUACCGGGAAGUAAGGCCCUUGAAGAACCCUCCACGAAUUAUCGAUAGUAGUUUACUAAUCCAAGGAAGGAGUGAUGCGAAGAAUUGCUUUCUUUCGUACCCAUUCACAAGAAAGAAGGGUCUCAAGCAGUGUGUUCAUGGUCACUCAGAACAUAGGAUUUUCGGCAUCAAAGAGCGCGUGGGACAGGUGAGGGAAGGAAGGGCAGGAUGA